CCUGAAUCUCACAUAUAUAUACUCCGAACAAUGGAAAUUUUCGCCAGCUUGAAAAUAGCAACAAUACGAUCAUGUUGAUGCGCGGGAGCUCCCUCUUCCUUCUCCUCGCACUCGCGGUGUCUCCGAGCGUGCAGCUCUGCGCCCCGGACUGCACGGGCGUGGACCCCGGAACCAAGGUGCGAGACCCCACCGACUGCACCAGGUACUACGUCUGCGUCGACGUUUCUGGCAACGGCGUCUUAUUGCCCUCCGAGCCAUUGGACUGUCCUGAUGGCCAGUACUUCAAUGAGUACCACACCAUGCCUCGCUGCGACCCCAUAGCCGAUGCUCCCAGCGACUUCUGCUCUGAUCUAUGCAACCCGUGCAAGCCACACUGCGACAGUCCGGGAGCUCUCUCGCCGCACCCGACCAAGUGCUACAAAUACUAUGUCUGUCUUCAGAACGGCCACUACCUCGAAGAAGAAUGCUCUUCCCCCAACUUCUACUUCGACUACAUGACAAAUAAUUGCCAGGGCGACGACACUCUCUGCUACACCUACUGCGACACUUGUGUGCCUCACUGCACCCAGCACAACGAGCGCGUGCCGGACCCCACAGAUUGCCACAGGUUCUACCUUUGCACGCCGCCCACCGUGUCGAACUUCCUUUGCCCGCACAACCAGGUCUUCAGCAGAACGACGCUGGAGUGUGAGGACGGGGCGACCUGCGUGGUCGACUGCCCUGCAUCAUAGAUUACAUAAUUCAUCGUCAGCAGUUUUAAAACAUGUUGAGUUAACAUUGAGUAAAAGGAAGAUUAGUUACAGUGUAGAGUAAGCAAUAUAAACGCAGAAAAAAAAAAUUGUUUCCCGCAUCAAAGAGUUUAUAAAUUUGAUUAUAUAAUCUCGCUUUUUUUAAAUAAAGGAAUCAAGCAUCUACUCAUGGAAACUGGAAAAAUGCGGGAAAAUAUGAGAUUCAAUCCAACACCGUCGCUAUACACCAAGUACUACAUGUAUUCUACACAUAUAGGAAAUUACAUAUGCACAUGCUACACACCUUAAGAUGAGACAAAAUAUUUCCAAAACGAAAGCAAUAAGUUCUAGAAAAAAAACGCAGACCAAGAAAUAAUAGUAAAAAAGUUAAAGCCAGGUAUGUGUCGUUUGUCCUAAAGGUUUCAUUCCCAGACAAGGCUCGAUGUCCGAAAGUUUCAUGUAUGCUAAUGAAGAUCAGGAGUCUUUACCAUACUUCUUGUACAUUUUUUCUGCAUUUUACCGAGUAAAAAAAACAAAAAGUUAUA